UCAACAGAGUUUUAAACACAAAUCAACAAAGAAUCAUAAAGAGUUUCAAACCAAGAGAGAGAGAGAGAGAGAGAGAGAGAGAUUAUUAUACUCAAAAUAAGAGUUCUAUUUAAGCAGUGACAUAUUAUUACUUAUAAUAGUCUUCUAUUUAUUUUUAUGUAUAUAAAUUGCAAACGACUCACACUAAUAAGUAAGUAAAAAAUGUAUUAAUAAAUUAUUAUGAUCUAGAUUGGUCACAAAAAUUUGUUUACAUGCAUAAACUUUGAAUAGAUUACCGAUUGUGUUUACUUAUGCAACUUCGAUCGAUUUGACAACACUUUCCUAUUUGUUUCUCAAAAUAACAUAUAUCAAAUUAUACAUAAUGAAUUUUGACCUAAUUAAAAUAAAAUAGUUAUUGUCUAUUUAGACGAAUAAUACAAUUUAAUAUAUAUCCAAACAACUAGUAAAUGAAUCAACCAUGACUAUUAUACUUAAAAUCAAAGAUCUAUUUAUGUCGGCAGGAUAUUAUUACUUAUAAUAGUUUUCUUUUUAGUUUAUUGAUAUUCAUGUAAAUUACAAACAACUCAAAACUAAUAAAAAAGUAAAAAUAUUAUAUUAACAAAUUAUUGCGAUUUAGUUUGGUCGCAGACAAUCCCUCCAGUUCUCCAAAUCAACCGCGUCAAGGCAACAACUUCAACCGUGGGAACCGUCGCAACAACAACAACAAGUCCAGAGGUCGCAACAACUUCAACAACCGCAAUCAGCAAAACAACUGGAACCCCAACAUGUACUGGCCUUCACCGUUUCAACAAUGGCAGCAGCCUCCAUACUGGGGGCCUUUCAUGCCGCAAAACCAAAACACGCGAGGCGUACUUGGUCCACGACCAGUCACGAAUCAACAAGCGAACCUCACAUUCAAUGCACCGCAGCUCACCACAGACUUCGCUCAUGCCUUCAACACGAUGCAGCUUGCUGAUCCGUCUGCUGCUGAUUGGUACAUGGACUCUGGCGCAACCUCUCAUAUGGCGGCAAAUCAAGGAUCUUCAAAACUCGGAUGGUUCUUCUGCGCAGUAACAGCACUGGAAAUCUCUACUCUUUCCCUUCCAGUCAACCGCAGACCACCUCCACUGCUUUGGUUUCUAUUUCGCCGGAUUUAUGGCACAAGAGAUUAGCUCAUUUGAAUAACAACUCUCUUCUUUCUUUACGUUCUUCAAAUUUCAUUUCUUGUAAUAAAGACAGCCUUGUUUCAUCUUGUGAGGCUUGUCAACUUGGGAAACACAAUAAAUUGCCUUUUCAUAA